GCCGCGGGGCCCGGCGAUGAGCGCUCCCCGGCCGCUCCCGCUCCCCCCCGCGCGAAUAUGGCACAGCCGUGUCCAAAAGGAAGACGCUGAGGACGAGGCCAUGUCGUCCGUGGCGGCCAAAGUGAGAGCGGCGAGGGCUUUCGGAGAAUAUCUCUCACAAAACCACCCCGAGGGCAGAAACGGCUCAGAUCACCUGUUAGCAGACUCCUACAUCGGGCAGGAGGACUCCCCUGAGCUGCAGCAGGCGGCGCAGAACAAGCGCCGGCUCUCGGUCAUCUCGGACGGCAAGUUUGAGAGGAGCUUUGAGGAGCAGGCGGAGAAGAUCCCGAGCGAGGCAGCCAAGCCCCGGGUGUACACGAUCUCGGGGGAGAGGCCGAUGCUGUCGGAGCAGGAGAACGGCAGCAUGGAGCUGGUGGUGAUGAAGGGGGCUGCCCAGGACGAGUGUCACCACGGCCACCACGGGCACGGCGCCGGCGGCUCCCACGGCGUCAGCAGGCACUGCAAGGCCUGGCCAGGCAGCCGCCAGGGCUCCAAGGAGUGCCCCAACUGCACCCGCCUGGCUGCCCCCUCCCAGCAAUCCUUUGACCUGGAGCAGCACCCGCCCAGCGAGACUGGGUGGCACAGGAAGAGGCUGGAGAGGAUGUACAGUGUCGACAGAGUGUCUGAUGAUGUCCCCAUACGAACCUGGUUCCCAAAGGAGAACCUCUUCAGUUUUCACACCGCUACUACAACUAUGCAAGCCAUCUCGAAUUUUCGGAAGCACCUCCGCAUGGUGGGGAGCCGAAGGGUUAAAGCACAAACCUUUGCCGAACGGCGUGAGAGGAGCUUCAGCAGGUCCUGGAGUGACCCGACUCCCAUCAAAGCUGAUUCCUUCCAUGACUCUCGAGAAAGCCAUGACCUUCAGGAUUCCUGCGGCACUCUGGAGGGUGACUUCGACUUGAACUGGGAAGCAGAAAAGGAACUUGAAGCCAUGGCAUGUGACGGAGAAGACUUUAUUCCACCAAAAAUAAUGCUCAUUUCUUCCAAGGUGCCCAAAGCAGAGUAUGUCCCAACCAUUAUCCGCAGGGACGACCCCUCCAUCAUCCCCAUCCUCUAUGACCAUGAACAUGCCACCUUUGAUGACAUCUUAGAGGAAAUAGAGAAGAAACUUAACAUUUAUCGCAAAGGCUGCAAAAUCUGGAAGAUGCUGAUAUUUUGCCAGGGAGGUCCCGGGCACUUAUACCUGUUAAAGAACAAAGUCGCCACUUUCGCCAAAGUGGAGAAGGAGGAAGAUCUGAUCCUCUUCUGGAAGAGGUUGAGCCGGCUGAUGAGUAAAAUCAAUCCUGAACCAAAUAUCAUCCACAUCAUGGGCUGCUAUGUUCUUGGAAACCCCAAUGGGGAGAAGCUAUUUCAGAAUCUGAAAAACUUAAUGAAUCCUUAUAGGGUUGCCUUUGAGUCUCCACUUGAACUAUCAGCUCAAGGUAAGCAAAUGAUCGAGACUUACUUUGACUUCCGCCUUUACCGCCUCUGGAAGACCCGCCAGCACUCGAAACUAUUGGAUUACGAUGACAUUUUAUGAGCUGGAGAAGACUUUGCAAGAGGAAGCUCAUCACCAGUGUCCAAGAAGUCAUGCUUAUUGCAGAGAGACUUUUUUAUUGGCACAGGGAGCCCUUCAGAGCCCCACGGGAGCAGCAGUGCUAAAGGCAGGGGAGGAGGAGCCCUCGGAAGCGUGUCCAAGGAGAGUCUCCUGGGUCAAGAGAGACUGGAGGGAAAGGGGGUGACCCUGGCUGGCCCCAGUCCGAGCCCUGGGGUCUCAGGAGGAGCUGUGUGCAACGAGGACAGGAUGGAGUUCCUGGCAGAACUGAGCUGUUUUGGGUCAGAAUGGGCCAGAUUUGAUUCCAGGUCCUUUUAAAGACUUUUGAAGCUCAGGUUUUCUUACAAAAAAAAAAUAUAAACCCAGUUACCCAUGCACUACGAUGGAGAAGUCACCAGAGCACAGAGGGAGGAGGGGGUUGUACUGCUGGGACCUUCUGUGCUGAGGAUCUCGGAGAGCAAGGACUGCUACACCUACUCCUGCAAGCUUAGAGCAAGACAACCCAGUUUCCAUGUGAAUAUAUACUGGGAUAUAGAAUUGAAAUCUUCUUUUUUUUGUUUUGUUUUGUUUAAUAGAAAAUAAGUGCAAUUUUUAUAGCAAAGGGUGGGGGUAAAAAUCCCUCUCAAUAUUUAAUUAGUUAAAAAAUAACACACCAUAACCAAUAGAUGAGGUAUUUCUGGUCUGCUUGAAAAUAUAUUCAGAUUGGUAAUAUAUCUUCUGUAGACAUAUUUAAUCACCAGCAAACAUGGUUUUAACAUAACUUGGCAGACCCUGCAUGUCUGCUGCAUUGGUUUGGUUCCUUCCUUUCAGAGUAGCUGUGUUGCACUAACUGUACCUGCUCUCACGAAUGUAUAGUUCUCCUCCAAUUAGCCACAACUUUAUUACUUUCUAUUUUGCUGCUUGCAAAACUAUGGGACUUUAGUUUUGCUGAAAUACUUUAGGUUAGGAAUAUGGGGCCUGGCUGGGGAAACCUCUGUCAGGCCCUCUGUGGUAUAAAAAUGAAUUAGAAAUUAAUAGCCAUGGUAAUUACCUGUUCCUGCCAGUGCUUUGCUGUGUGCUGGGAGAUGAGCUCCCUUCCCGACCUGCCACGAGGAGCAGCUGUUGGGACCCCUCUGAGGGGACUGUGCACUGAGGCAUUUGGGAGAAAUGCUUCUGGAGGAACAGGUUUGGAGCAUGAGUUUGAAUCUUCCCUGUGUUCACUUGAUUGCCAGUUGUUUGUGCAUAAAACACCUCUUUUUCCUUGCUGAAAGACCUGUUUCUUGGUCUGAGCUGUUCCCUUCCCUUCCUGAGCAGGACAGAGAAAACCCCAAGCUCUGUCAGACCUGAGAACCCAGGUCUUGAUAUUUGAUGAUACAUUUUGGAAUCUGUUUACUUUUUUUUGGUCAGGUCAAGGGGUGCUUUUUGUUUUGGGAAGGGCUUUUUUUUCACAUUUGACUGUCCUUUCAGAGGAUAAAUAGUACUUAGAGUCUGUAGGUCACUGGCAAUUCUGGGAGGUGACACAAAUUACUUCUUUUACAAGCAAAAGAAGUAACAGGGAAGGAUUACCUUGUUUUCCUGAUUUCCUGUUAUCUAAAAUUAGUUGAUUGUGAAGUGAAGGAAAAUAUAUGUAUAAAUCUUCUUUUAACUACUUACAAAAAGAACUACUUGUUCUGAUCUGUAGAGUCCUCCUCCCCCUGUGGUUGUGAUUUUGGGGAGCAGGUCCCUGGCUAGAACUGCUGAACCCUUUACAUUUAUGGCAGUUUUAUAGCAAAACUAUUUUGAAGAAAUAAUGUACAUACACGUAAGGAGAGGAAUAAGUGGAGAGGGAUGGUUUAAAGUUGUUGAAAGCCACAUACUGAACCAAAGAGGUGUGGGCUGUUGCCUCCCCCUGGUUGGGAGCUCUUGGGAGCUGCCCUGACCUCGGGAGCUUUGGGAGCCUCAUCUCAUCCCUGGACUCAGGUUUGCCAGACUUGGAGUGAAGGGAAGAACAGGCACCAGUCUGUAGCUUUUGGAAGGAAAUGCCAGAUGUAAAAAAAAAAAAAAAAAAAAAAAAAAAGAACCCAAAAUUUAUGCCAAUCACUAUUUAAUGUUGUGGCUCCCACCAGCUCUGAGGUGAGAGGUGGGAGCCAGAGGUGCAAUGGAAGCACAAAGUCAUGUUAUCUGGAGAAGGAAAUGGUUGUGGGAGGAUUAAAAUGCUGACACAAAACUCUCUCCCUUUCUGACCCUUUCACCUCCUAACUGGAGACAGACAAACUGUUCUUCCUUUCUCUUUCCUGAAGUGAAAUCCCAAUUCAGUGAACUUGGUAGCAUGAAUGUAGCAUUGUGGAACUAUUGAAAAUCUUAUUUAACCCCAAAAGGGCCCGUUUCUGUAUCCACUGGAGUGAUUUCUCUGUAGAACUGUUGUAUAUCCUCACUGACCACUUGUAGAACUUGGGGUGCAAAGUAGAAGGUAGAUUGUACAGUGACUCCUGUGGGAAGAUGUGUGUUGGAAUGGACACUGUGGACUGUUUUCCUGGUGCAGUUUAUAGGAUAAUGAGAACUGAUGAAUGCAUUUCCCUCCAAAGAUCUAUAUUCCUCAUAGUUUGUGAUGUUUAUGACAUGAGCAUAUUAUUUCCUUUGUAGCCUUCAUUUGCCUAAAGGGAGGAAAUAUUCUCAGAGCUGUGACUGGAACAGAGUUGUGAUGUUUGACAUCCUGUGUGGAGCAGCAUCCUUGGAAUUAACCAUUGGUGACAGAGGAAAACACAUUUCUUGCCCUUUUUCACCGGUUGAGCUUUUCAAGUGGCUGCUGGGAAAGGAAGGGGUCAGCAGAGGAAAAUAAAAAUUGUCAUUAUUUAAA